AAAGAAAAUUAAAAUAAAAGAGAUCAUGAUUAUAUAAAAUAAAAGAAGAUCGAGGUGCACUCUUGAGCAUCUGUGUUUUGCUUAUAUAUAUAGACCUUAGAGAACCUUUGUUUCCGUAUCUCCCCAACAAGACCUCCUUCACUCUUCUUCUUCUUCUUCGACAAAACCCAAAGAGAAGAAGCAGAAACUCUCCGGAAAUGGCGAUAAAUAGAAUAACGACAUCUCCCCACAAGGAAAACAAACCAAAACAUGAUGAAGAAGAUGACAGUGAUCAUGUCCAAACAUCAUUAGUCUUUAACCCUUCUCUCCUUAAUCUCAAAUCCGACAUCCCAAAACAGUUCAUCUGGCCCGAUUGCGAUAAACCCUCCAUUGAUGCACCUGAACUCGACGUUCCCUUCAUCGAUCUCGGCCACUUCCUCUCCAACAACAGCUCCUCUUCCUCUUCUUCCACACUUCAAGUCUCGAGGCUUGUUGCCGAUGCUUGCAAGAAACACGGUUUCUUCCUUGUCCUCAACCAUGGCGUGGAAGAAGACCUAAUAUCGGAUGCCCACAAGUACAUGGACCGAUUCUUCGACAUGCCUCUUGCCGAGAAGCAGAGAGCGCAGAGAAAAGCCGGCGGGAGCUGCGGCUACGCCAGCAGCUUCACGGGCCGUUUCUCCGACAAGCUCCCGUGGAAAGAAACUCUCUCUUUUCGAUUUUCGAAUGAGAAUAACCCUUCCAAGACCGUUCAAGAUUACUUCCACGGUGCAAUGGGACAAGAGUUUGAGCCAUUUGGGAAAGUUUAUCAGGAGUAUUGCGAGGCGAUGAGUGCUUUGUCGCUGAAGAUCAUGGAGCUUCUCGGGCUAAGUUUAGGCGUAAACCGAGAACAUUUCCGAGAGUUCUUCGAAGAGAACGACUCGAUAAUGAGGCUAAACUAUUACCCUCCAUGCCAAAAACCGGACCUUACCCUCGGGACAGGGCCCCAUUGUGAUCCCACCUCUCUCACGAUCCUUCACCAAGACAACGUCAAUGGCCUUCAGGUCUUUGUCGAUAACCAAUGGCGAUCCAUCCGUCCCAAUCCCAAGGCCUUUGUUGUCAACAUCGGCGACACUUUCAUGGCUCUGUCAAACGGGAGAUACAGGAGUUGCUUGCACAGAGCGGUGGUGAACAGCGAGAGCGCGAGGAAAUCUCUCGCCUUCUUCCUGUGCCCGAAGAAAGACAGAGUGGUGAAGCCGCCGAGUGAGCUUUUGGACAUAACUGGUUCUACUCCGAGAAAGUACCCUGACUUCACUUGGUCCAUGUUUCUUGAGUUCACUCAGAAGCAUUACAGAGCCGACAUGAACACCCUUCAAGCCUUCUCAAACUGGCUCACCACAAACCCUAUCUAAAUAUAAUCUAUAUCUAUUUAUCUCUCUCUCUAUCUAUCUAUCUAUCUAUAUAUAUAUAUAUUGUUACUAUAUAUGCUCUGUUCUCAUGUAUAUGGUAAGAUGAUGGAUGAUGCAUUAACACGGAAUUGGAGUUUCUUAAAUAUGUUAAA